AUGAGAUCUACUUUAUCAAUGCUUUCUUUUUUGUGUUUUGCCUUUGGUGUCAAGAAUUUUGUGCCUUGCCCUAGAUCCCAAAGAUUAUUUUUUUCCCCAAAGAUCUUCUACUGCACGUUUCCAAAAUUUUCUAGCUUUAUGUUAAAGCUCAUGAUCCAUUUUGAGUUUUGUGUAAAUUGUGAAACCCUUGUGUUUCCUUCCCUUCUUCCUCCCUCCCCCACCCUUCCCCUACCCUACCCAUGCAUGUCUAAUUGUUGUUGUUCCCACUCUUUUGUGACCCCAUGGAUUAUAGCUCUCCAGGCUCCUCUGUCCAUGGGAUUUUUCCUGCAAGAAUACGGGAGUGGGUUGCCAUGCCCUCCUCCAGGGGACCUUCCCGACCCAGGGACUGAACCCACAUCCUGCAGCUCCUGCAUUGCCAGGCGGAUUCUUUACCACUUCGCCACCUGGGAAGCCCAGGCAUGUCUAAUUGCUCCAGCACAAUUGGUUGAAAAGGCUGUCUGUCUUUCCUUCAUCAAGACACUUUUACACAUUUGUCAGAAAUCACUUGGACACAUUUGUGUGGGUCUGUUUCCGGUUUUUCUGUUUUGUUCUGUUGACCUGGGCAUCUGUUCCCUCCACCAACACCGCAGUCUUGAUUACCAUAGCUUCCCUGGUAGCUCAGCUGGGAAAGAGUCUGCCUGCAAUUGA